AUCGUUCACCGGCCAGUGUUUCUGUAAGUUUUACUAGAAUUUAUGUUCAAAUUUACUUAAAACUUGUAAUUUUUUUACUUCAAAUACAACAACAAAGGUGGCUUGUUAAUAGUUUUCAACAGUUUACUAGUGUUUAAAAAUAUCUGUGUUAAUGAACUUGUUCACUAAACUUUCAACCAAGGUCAAAUGCGUUAGAAACUUUUAAAAACUGUCAAAAACUUCCAAAUGUUCUCUAAUUCUUUAUAACUUAAAUUGUACACAUGCCUUUGAAGAUUAAUUGUAAUAUUUUAUUAGUUUGAAUGACAAUUUAUUCUUGUCAAAACAGUCUACAAUCUCCUAAGUAACUUUGAAGAAAGCCGGUUUUCUUAUUGGUUUGGUUUUACUUAAGGUUUUGUUUUCAUACUUUUUGAUUUGGAAGUGAAUUUGCCAUACAUUUUCAUAUUUUUAAUCAACAAUUCAAUAAACUAUUUUAUAACUAAACUUGUAAUCUUUGAAUAACAUCUGUGCAUGAAAAAGUUUUAGAGAAUGAGGUUAAUCUUCAAGCACUACACCCAUUUCGUCAGGAAUUUUAGUUGUCAAACGAACAACAUGUCUAUCAAAUCGAUCAAGGCCCGUCAAAUCUUCGACUCCAGAGGAAACCCAACUGUUGAAGUUGACCUUGUGACCGAUUUCGGAGGCCUAUUCCGUGCCGCUGUCCCGUCCGGAGCUUCGACCGGUAUCUAUGAGGCUCUGGAGCUGAGAGACGGAGAGAAGAACAACUACCAUGGCAAGGGGGUGUUGAAGGCUGUCGGACAUAUUAACAACUCCAUUGCUCCGGAACUUAUCAAGCAGAAAUUUGACGUGACCCAGCAGAAGGAAAUCGACCAGUUUAUGCUGAAACUGGACGGAACUGAGAAUAAGUCAAAGUUUGGAGCCAAUGCCAUUUUGGGGGUAUCCCUCGCUGUAUGCAAGGCGGGAGCUGCCAAGAAAGGGGUUCCUCUCUACAAGCACAUUGCUGAUUUGGCAUGCAACAAGGAGAUUAUCCUCCCAGUGCCAGCUUUCAACGUAAUCAAUGGAGGUUCCCACGCCGGUAACAAGCUGGCUAUGCAAGAGUUCAUGAUUCUGCCUACUGGCGCCUCCUCGUUCACAGAAGCUAUGAAGAUUGGUAGCGAGGUGUACCAUCACCUGAAAAAGGUGAUCCUGAAGAAAUUCGGUCUGGAUGCGACGGCAGUCGGUGACGAGGGUGGAUUUGCCCCCAACAUCCUCGACAACAAGGAGGGUCUGGUGCUGAUUCAGGAGGCCAUUGCUAAUGCCGGCUACAAGGGCAAAGUCGAUAUCGGCAUGGAUGUCGCUGCUUCUGAGUUCUACAAGGACAACAAGUACGACCUUGACUUCAAGAACGAGGCAUCCGACAAGAGCCAAUGGAUCAGUGGCGAUCAGCUGACUGAACUGUACCAGGGCUUCAUCAAGGAGUUCCCCAUUGUCUCCAUUGAGGACCCCUUCGACCAGGACCACUGGGAGGCAUGGUCCAAAAUCACCGCUGCCACUAACAUUCAGAUUGUUGGAGACGAUCUGACAGUGACCAACCCGAAGCGCAUCCAAACAGCUGUUGAGAAGAAGGCUUGCAACUGUCUGCUGCUGAAGGUGAACCAGAUUGGGUCGGUGACGGAGAGCAUCGAGGCGCAUCUGUUGGCCAAGAAGAACGGCUGGGGCACCAUGGUCAGCCAUCGCAGUGGAGAGACCGAGGACACCUUCAUCGCCGACUUGGUCGUUGGACUUAGCACAGGUCAGAUCAAAACUGGAGCACCUUGCCGUUCUGAGAGACUGGCCAAGUACAACCAGAUUCUGAGAAUCGAGGAAGAGCUGGGUUCGGCCGCUAAGUACGCCGGAAAAUCGUUCAGAUGCCCCGUCUAGGAGCGCCAUCUAGGGUGGUUAGCGCUGCUCCGGUUACGAGUUGGUCGAACAGUCAGUUGAACGAAAAGUGACCGGUGAGCGGAUCCAACAAAAUUGAGAAACAAAUGAGAAACUUUUAGAGCAGAUUGAUCGAAUGUUCAACAAAAUUUCCAAACAACUCUUUUUACACAGCCAUUUCACAAAAAUCAGAGCAAAUAAUGAGAAAUUUUCACAGCCAAUUGGAUUACAAGUGGGGAAAUUGUAGGGUGGCUAGGAAAUUCGCUGAUGGGGGACUUGAACGAACGUUCAACUUACUGAUCAUAAGGGAAAUGAAGGAAUUUCUAUUUUUUGAGUUACUUGUGAGUUGAAUAAAACGAUGUAGCUGAGUGGUUAUGAAAUUUCUGGAAAAUUAAUAAAAUUGUCUUUACUCAUUGAAACUAUACACCAUCCAAGAAAGUUGGAUAAAAAAUUGUUUAGUCGACAUAUAUCUCAUUGUACAAGUAUGUUAAUUUUUUUCUAAAAACUUUUUUGUUCACUUUUAUGAAAGAGUUUAUAUUUUUGUUUAUAACUAACCCCACAGUUCUAGCACAUUUUAUAUAUUUAUACUAUAUAACAAUAGUAAAUUCCUACAUCCAAUGUAUGUCAUGUUAUUUAAUAAAAAAAUGAUGAAUUAUUA